UCAGUUCCGCUUGUUAAUUUGUCGUUAAUAUUGUUGUUUUUUUGUAUAAAUCUUGUAAUUCCAUAAUUGACAUCCUACAGUUUUAUAUAUUUCCUAAAUAUUAUACAAUUUUUAACAAUUCUGUUAGUAAUAUUUUGUUGAAUAGUACUUAUUACAGGUAAUAAUCGUUAUUAAAAUUUGGCCUGUCGCCCUGGUUAAUGAACUUUCACACUUUCGUUAUAUAACAUUAGACGAUAGGCCUAAUGAAAUAAGAAUUAAUUACCAGCAAAGACUGCAGAAUUGAAAGGUGCGUAGGUUGUGAAUGAAGAUGUCUUUCUUCAGAAAUACUAUAUGGUUUAUGAAGGGCUUGAAAGAAUACACAAAAAAUGGCUACCUAUCCGCAAGUAAAAAUUUUUGUGAAAAAGAUUUGGAAGUUGAUGUCACUGGGAGAAGUUUCAUGAUAACUGGAGCUAAUAGUGGUAUUGGAAAAUCAGCUGCAAUUGAGAUAGCCAAGAGAGGAGGAGUUGUUCACAUGGUAUGUAGAGAUCCAAAAAGAGGAGAGGAUGCCUUGAAUGAAAUAAAAGAGAUCACAGGCAAUCAGAACAUCAAACUUCACCAACUAGAUAUGUCCAAACCAAAUGAUGUUUUAAAAUUUACAAAAGAAUUUGAAACUAGUGGAGAAAAGUUAAAUGUUUUAAUAAAUAAUGCAGGAUGUAUGGUGAAUACUAGAGAAGUUACUGAAGAAGGGUAUGAAAAGAAUUUUGCGACAAAUACAUUAGGUACACAUAUUUUAACAACGGGAUUGACAUCAGUUUUAUCGAAAUAUGAUGACCCAAGAGUGAUAAUUGUUACAUCAGGAGGAAUGUUAACACAGAAGUUAAAUAUUGACGAUCUACAAUCUGAAAAACUUAGUUCUUUUGAUGGAACAAUGGUUUAUGCACAAAAUAAACGUCAACAGGUUGUGAUGACAGAAAUAUAUGCAACUAAAUACCCUAGUAUUCACUUCUCCUGUAUGCAUCCUGGUUGGGCUGAUACUCCAGCUGUAAGGUCAGGUAUGCCUAGUUUUUAUGAGAAGAUGAAAGAUAGAUUACGUAGUGCUGAACAGGGUGCUGAUACAGCUGUAUGGUUAGCUGUAAUACCUAAUAUAAAACAAAAACCUAAUGGAGAAUUUUAUCAAGAUCGCCAAGUUGUAUCCAAGCAUUUACCUCUGGCCUGGACAAAAUCAUCUAGUCAAGAAAAUGAGGAAUUAGUAAAGAAAUUAGAUGAAAUGAUUAAAUCUUUACCUCAAGUAUAAAAUCAACCCUGUUAUCAUUAUGAUUGGUAUAUUAUUACAGUAUAGUAUAUCAGACAGUGUUUUGUAACAUAAAUCUUGCUAAGAUUGUUCUGCUCAUCAUUAUAACUGGGGAACUGUGGCCAGUCAACUGUUUUAAAAAUGUGUGCUUUGUUUUCUACAUUUCAAGAACAAAAUACCUCUAUACUAUAUAUAUUAUUGUUUUACAGUGGAUUCUAUUAUACCUGUAUAAUUUAUUAUAAUUGUAUGUAUAUAUAAAGAAUGAUUAAAAGAACAAAUUGUUUAA